GAAGUCAGUGACCACCAUGGCGCAAAACAAGGCACUGCUGUACCUCCUACUCCUGGUUUCUAAUCAGCUACUGCUCGUGUCGGCGCCAGCUUUACAGUGCCCUGACAGCUGUAGCUCCCAAACCCCACAUAUGUAUAAAAGAGUCAUCUGUCGCUGUCCAGAUAAAAACUGGGCGGGUUCCCCCUGCAGCUGGAUUGGGUACGGAGGAACGUACAGCUUCCCUGCAUGUCUUGAUGCCAUACCAACUGGCUUUGUCAAAGCCACGCGAUCGAUCUUCAUCAAGCAUCUCCGUUCCUCUACCAUUUCGGAGCGGUCUUUCCCCAACGGCCUAGGAGUUCAGUACCUUUGGAUCCGGGAGUCCAACGUGUCCACGGUGCAGCCAGGGGCUUUCCAAGGUCUGACAUUGGUGAAAGACCUUUCCCUCAGCGACAACCGUAUCUCCAGUCUUGAACCCGAUACCUUCCUUGGGCUUGAGAGGGUAACAAACCUGAACCUUCAUAGGAACACCAUUUCCGUCAUAUCCCAGCAUGCAUUCCGAGGCCUACCUCUCCUUGAGAGGUUGAAGUUGAACGAGAACCGCCUGCGCUCCGUGCCCGUCGACGCACUCCUGCCGCUUACGGCACUGAAGUUAGCACAGCUUAGCAGAAACCACAUCACCAUGAUCGACAGCCAAGUCCUGCGUCUGAGCCACAACCAGGCCCUGUGGCUUUUCCUCGAAAAAAACAAGCUGAAGUGUGACGCGAAUCUCACCUGGUUCAUCUGUCAUCUGCCAGAGUUGGAUCACAUCUUUGGCCGUGACUACCUGAGGUGUGCGUCGCCUGCCAACCUGAGCGGAAUUCUGCUUGCCACCGUGAGGAAGGACAUCAGAUUGGGGAGAUGUGACGAAAAGCCCACCACAACAGGUCCGCAUACCCACCACACCAGUCAUCUGUACAAUGACACCAUUCCCACAGAAAUGCCAUGCACAAACGCCACAACCGAGUACCAGGCCACAACCGGGACUGACAUUGUCACUCGUCCAAGUUUUGGCCCAAUCCUCCCCGAGGAAGAUGACAGUUACCACGUCAAUGCCGUCAUCCUGGCUGUUGCUGUGCCCCUCCUCAUGGUGUUGGCAUGGGUGGUUGUCGUCUGCUUGUACGAACGUUGUCACGACACAGGUCUGGCCCCUCACAACGCUCCUGCUGAAACAGAUGGAAACUCCACCCCUUCGGACAGAGACUCAGUCACAGGCGAACGACCGAGUCCUGUUGAGGACCAGACAUCAGAGGGCAACAAUGACAUUGAGCCGUACGCUGUGUCAUACAUGGAUGUGUCGGGGAAGGGAAAAAACGGCAAGCUUGCGCCGUACGCAACAACUUCAUUUGCUAACAUCAAGCCAAAAGAACCAGACAACGAUGACAUCCAGCCAGUUGAAGACAACGAUGACAUUGAGCCAUACGCGGUGUCAUACAUGGAUGUGUCUGGGAAAGGGAAAAACGGCAAGCUUGCGCCUUACGCAACAACUUCCUUUGCUAAUAUCCAACCAAAGGAACCAGACAAUGAUGACAUCCAGCCAACGGAACCAGACACCAAUGACAUUGAGCCGUACGCUGUGUCAUACAUGGAUGUGUCUGGGAAGGGAAAAACGGCAAGCUUGCGCCGUAUGCAACGACCCUCAUUAAUGAAGACCCAGGGCCUCAGCUUCAGCCGUAUUCCGUGACCCACGAUGAAGACCCAGGGCCUCAGCUUCAGCCGUAUUCCGUGACCCACGAUGAA